AUCGAUUUUUUUUGUUUUGAUUUUUUGAAUGCACAUGCAUGAUUUUUGAUACAAAUCUAAAUUAAUUUUAAGAUUGAUCACUUGAUCACUUUUGUCUAUCUAUUCAAUGGAUUCUAUUCAAACUACGCCAGUCAGAACCCGUCAUCAACAUGUGGCUACACCUCAUCGACCUUCUAUUCGUGGACCGUCAACAUCGACACCUUUACAAACGAAACAAUCAUCAUCAUCUCAAGAACAAAUAGCUAAUCAACAACAAACGAAUGAUAAUGACGAAGAACAAAUAUUGGAUGAAACCAUCCCAAAGCAUACUCGCCAUACAUUAGUAUUUCGUAUGCUUAAACGGACACAUGAAAUGUUCAUCAGUGAUAUGAAUAUUUUACCACCAUUCGAUCAAGACAUGUUAAGUUUUCGACAUAAUAUUAAAGCACGUGAUCAAUAUGGACCAAUAUUAUCAUUGCUACCAAAUAGUUUGAUACGAAAAGAUAAUGAUAAUAAGAAAAUGAAUAGUAAAAAUUCAAUAUCCAAAGCAUUAGUAUUAAAAGAUCAAAAUGUCACAAAUCCAGGAAUAAAUCCAAUCGAUGAAUUAAAAUCAAAAUUGCCUGCUCCAUCUAAUCAAUCACAGGUUGCUAUAGUAUCAACAAAUAAUAAUAAGGGAGAUAAAAAUCCUGUGGAUGCUACGAAAUCUGGUCAGGUUGUAUUAGCUUCUGGUUUAACUAUUGCACCACGUAAACCUGUACAAAUGCCUAAACCUGAAUGGCAUGCUCCAUGGAAAUUAUAUCGUGUUAUAUCGGGUCAUACUGGUUGGGUACGUUGUAUAGCCGUUGAACCGGGUAAUGAAUGGUUUGCAACUGGAUCAAAUGAUCGUAUCAUCAAGAUUUGGGAUCUUGCAUCUGGUACUUUAAAACUUUCAUUAACUGGCCAUAUAUCACCAGUUCGUGGUCUUGAAGUUUCACCAAGGCAACCAUAUUUAUUUUCAUGUGGAGAAGAUAAAAUGGUGAAAUGUUGGGAUCUUGAAUAUAAUAAAGUCGUUCGUCAUUAUCAUGGCCAUUUAUCCGGCGUUUAUUGCUUAGCAUUACAUCCAACAUUAGACAUUUUGGUCACUGGUGGCCGUGAUUCGGUUGCACGUGUAUGGGAUAUGCGUACAAAAGCACAAAUUCAUUCGCUUGGAGGUCAUUCGAAUACUGUUGCUUCGGUUUUUUGUCAAGCUACCGAUCCGCAAGUUGUGACCGGAUCUCAUGAUUCUACCAUUCGUCUAUGGGAUAUUGUGGCCGGAAAAACAAUGGCUACAUUAACUAAUCAUAAAAAAAGUGUGCGAGCACUUGUUGCUCAUCCUCAUUUGAACACAUUCUGUUCAGGAUCGAUAAAUUCAUUAAAACAAUGGACACUACCUGAAGGACGUUUCAUACAAAAUUUAAACGGCCAUGAUUCAAUGAUAAAUGCACUGGGUGUCAAUGAUGAUAGUGUUCUCGUAUCAGGCGGUGAUAAUGGUUCAAUGUUUUUCUGGGAUUGGCGUACUGGAUAUAAUUUUCAACGAUUGCAAUCAAAAGCACAGCCAGGUUCAAUCGAUUCGGAAUGCGGAAUAUUUGCUAUUGAUUUUGAUAAAAGUUCUACACGUUUAAUUACUGGCGAAGCGGAUAAAACUAUAAAAAUCUAUAAAGAAGAUGAAAUGGCAACUGAAGAUACACAUCCAAUUAAGUGGGAACCGGAAUUAUUAAAACGUAAACGUUUUUAAUUGUAAACAAGAGUAACUUAUUUCUUUCGAUUGAUGAAAUAAAAACAAAAAUAUUUUGAUUGUAAUGUUUUUUUAA